AUGUUGGUUUGCUACAUUGGUCAAUCCACUAUUGGUCAGGUGCGUAGCCAGGGAGUGACAGAGGAGUUAAAAUGCCUGAGUUUACUAAAUGCUCUGGAUAAGGACCAGGACAUCCCAGAUCAGCUAGCCCAGCUCUUUGGCGAACCCUGCAUCAAACUGGCCGAAGGCAUCAAAGCUUACAUCUCCAAGGUGGCAGAUAGCAUCAUCUCAAAGCGCAUCUUCACUGAGGCGAGAACCAUGCCUCACAAUUUCAACAACUCAGGGUCAAAGUUUAUGAGCCCCGUGACCCAGAGGCCAUCUGCCCACUUGACCCUCAGAGACGCCAGUUCUCAAGGGUUUUCUUCCUCCCUGAGCAUCAUGCCUGGUCUUCAUCAGUCCUGCCGCCAUUUGGUCCGCUCAUGGGCCAAUCAGAGCCUAGGAGCUCACCUGCACAACAUGACCCUGUCUAAUGGGAAGCUCCGAGUGCCCCAAGAUGGGAGGUACUAUCUGUACUCACAGGUGUAUUUCCGUUAUCCAUCCCCAUCUGCAAAUGAGGGGGACCAGCGCAGCGUCAGCCACCAACUGGUGCAGUGCGUCUACAAGAAAACGUCCUACCCAAGCCCCAUACAGCUCCUGAAAGGUGUGGGAACCAAGUGCUGGGCUCCAGACGCUGAGUACGCCCUACACUCCGUUUACCAGGGAGGACUUUUUGAACUGAGGGCCGGUGACGAGAUCUUCGUCUCUGUCUCUUCCCCCACCAUGGUAAAUGCAGAAGAAUCUGCUAGCUACUUUGGCGCCUUCCGUCUGGACCUCUGAGAGGAAAGGAUUGGAGAAAAAAAAGAAAGAAGCGAUGGGACAAUGGAUGGAUAAACAGAUGGGCUGGAGAGCUUGGGGCCUUUUGAAUAUCCACUGAUUGGGGGGAAAAAAUGGUCCUAUAGACAGAAGAGGAAAUGGAGGUCUGGAUCAUCAGUGUUUGCUUGGGCAGAUGCACUGAAGGAUGGAAGAACUGGGGUUUGAAAGAUCUACAUGGGUGAAGAAUACUGCAAGACGAUAGUGGAUUUGCCUUUCCUGCUCUCUCGAUUAAGAGAAAGCAAGACUUCAAGAUAAAAGACAUGUGCAAUUGUGAAAAAGAAAUAAAUGUGAGGACUUUGAUUUACAGUUGAUUCUUAAGGGGGAAUUUGCCACAGGAAAAAAAUAAAAUCACAACCUUCUAGGUGAAGUUCAGAAAUUAGUCCACCAUGCUAUCUAGAUCUCAAUAUAACAUGACCCUACAUGUGUGAAUAUGUCAGUGACUUUUUUAUGGGAAAAAAUUAAACCCUUGGUUUGGAUUUGAAGAAUUUACACAAAAUAAAAACUUAACUCUCUACAUCAACGGCUGCAGAAGAAAAUGAAACAAUCAAACCAAAGCAAAAACUUCUUUUUUAAGUGUGCGAUGGGAGUUCUGUACAUAUGUAUGGCUGAGAAUGAGAUUUACACAAUGGACUGUGGUGAUUUUAAAAGUAAUUCAUUUUUAUUUUACCUUUGACUGGACUUAAAACCACUUGGGGAAUCUAAAGACUUCCUACUUGCGAAACACUAAAACUGUGGAUUUUAUGUAAAGACCUUUAGUGGAGGAAGGGGAUUGCCUCUGUGACAAACUGUAGAAAGAGCCAAGAGCUUUUUGAAGAGGAGUCUGCAAGCCAAGAAGAAGUGAAAACAAGGAGGGAGAAAUCUUGAUAACGCCAAUAAGAAUUAGCCCGGCACUGAAAGAUUAAAGGACAGAGAGCGAUGCUGUGGGUAGUAUGCAGCCUGACCACUCUGCGUGGUUGAUGUCUUUUCUUUCUCUUUCCCUUGAUUCCUUCUCUUAUCUUUUCAUGUUAACUAUUUUAUCUAUCUUGUCGAACCUGUGAAGCUGCAUUAUAUUUGAGUUCAUGGAGCAGUUAUGCAACCAACCACAAAGCAACAAUGUGAGAAGAAGAUGACAGAAACACAUGCAAAUAGUCUAGUUUCACAAUCACAGAGAGCAUGGAUUAAAGUGACAUUUAGGUUGGGUUACAUGGAGUUGUUGUUUUCACUGCAAUGAUCACUGGUUCCAUAACAUAAAAAUCUCAUUUUGGAUACAUGGAGUUAACAUAGUUAUUGGUGUAUUGCAUUAUCUUUCCAGGGUAGUAGCUCAACUUGAACAUGGCAAAAUGUGCACUUACCUAAAACGACUGCAGCAUUUAGUAAAAGGACUGGUUCUUAUAUAGUGCACUCAAAGCAGUUCAUACAGCUUGCCUCAUUCACCCAUUCACAUGAGCACUUUUUUCUAUGCUUUCUUUCACUGUAAUUGUUGGUCUAGCUUCUGCAUUUGGGGAAAGCUUAAAACCUGUCAAGCCUCUAGCAAUGUCAAUGCUUCAGUUAAAAAAAAAGAAAAAUCCUCUAGUAUAGUAGCUAACACAGAGAAGGUGGAGAUCCCUGGGAGGGUUGCAUCAGGAAGGGCAUCCAGCCUAAAAAUCUGUGCCAAAUCAAAUAUGUGGAUGCAUCCGCUGUGGCGACUCGUUUUAAAUAAGGGAACAGCCAAUAAAAGCUUUCUCUGUGCUAGCUAGAGUGGAACAUAUUGUCCUUCUAUUUGCUGAAAAAUGAUUGGUGCUAAACAUUUUAACCACCAUCUGGACAUUCAGAAUGCAAAAAAUCCACACCUUAAGCAAGAACAUGGGUUUAGCAGAAAAACUCAAAGGAACAUUUUGAUAGUUUGAAUACACAGUCACCCACUGGUUUGUGGACAUUCUCGAGCUUUGAGUUUAGCAUUGUGGUGGUCGGUAUCUUCAGCUUUCUUCUGCAAACAUUUACUCAUCAGGAGAUUGUUUACUGAGGUCAGACGUCAUGUGAGACAAUUUUCCUACUGACUUCUACAUGAUCGGACCUGUUUCUGCAACAAGAGAUUUGCCCCCUGCUGGUUAUGAGAACGACUACAACUGUAAAGCACUUGACUUGGCAAAAAGGCUGGUUUUUAAGCAGCCUGUGCCCAGGUUAAGGGAAGAUAAACAAUACUUUCAUUAUGUAACCUCAGCUAUGUUAUUAUUGUAGACGUCAGUGACAGUGAAAGAAAUAGGGUAUGGAAACUAAUUUAAUGCAUCGGUGCUGAAAUUGUUUGUUCAGAAACACAAACAGCUGACUAAAAUUGGCUGACAGUCACUUAGUAACACUGGUGCAUACACAUAACAAUUGCAAACAUUAUGAGCAGUUCAGAAACUGUAUUCUCAAACACACUCAGAUGCUACAAAUCUGAAACACAGGAUCCCACACCAAGUCAAGCGAACACAGCCCAAGAUUUGGAACGAGUGAGAGAGGAUAUUUGCAGACAUAAACCAUCCACCGCCUAGCACAGACACAACCCCUACAUGCUUUUUUCUCUGUGUGCACAUAAAAAAGUACACACAUCACCUCACACUACAUCCAAGCUAGCCUGUGCUAUGUAGACACACAGAUCAUCCAAUGUCACAUCCAGCGUGAAGACAUAUGCCCUGAUUAAUCUGGGCUGUCUAGCCUCCCUGUGCCAUCUGGUAAUUGUCAGUGAUCUGGCAUACAGCGAGGGUGCGCACACAAGAAUAUAUGUUUGUUCAAAGGGCUUGGUUCACAUAGAUGAUUCAGAAAAUGCGGUAAAAAAAUGUUUUUCACAUGUGUUUAUUUGCAAAUGUGAGCUCCAGUUUGCUUUGUACACUUUGUACACUUAAGCACACAUUUGAUAGGGUAACUUCCAGACUAAGCCCCUCCUUCCCAUACAGCACAGGAUAUCUUUGUAUGCAUACCGUGAAGAAGGUUAUUUUAUGGUGUAGUUUUGUCAGGCAUGCUAUGAAAACACAGCAACAGAGCUGGUUUAUUUUCUACUCAAAUCACAAAAUUAAAGGCAAAUCUCAUAUUGCAUUAAAUUACUGUUUUAAGCUCAAUUUUUGCUGGGUGGCACGCACCUGCACAUGUUUCUGUUGCUCUAACGCUCCCUGUGUGAAGUCAAGUUAUAUUCCAGUUAAAAUAAUAUAUGGUAACUUCAACAAUUAUGCAACAUGUUAAAUAAUAUUAUAACUGUAAAUCUCUAUACCACGUAUACAAAGUUUUCCUACCUUUUGCAGUUUAAAUGGUUAUUCUUUUGAGU